CCAAAAUCGAAAUAUUGAUAAAAAAUAAAAUCUAAAUAUCUCCGAGAGGCAUAUUUCUGUGCCCCAGACGGAAUAUUCUGCUCUCCAAGAGAAACCCUAAAAAUCCCUAACGGAGGCACCGAAACCCUAAACCAAGGAGAAUUAUCUUUUUGGUACCUGAAAAAAACAACCCAUUUUCGUUUUUGUUCGUGCGCGUUUGCAUUCUUCUUCUCAACUCAGCGGCGGGAGCACAGAUUUGGAAGGUGUAUAGCUUGAAUCCUUGCCGCUCCACCUUUUGUUUAGAGGAUUCAGGCUUUAUAUCAAGCUAGCAAAAAUGGUGAAGUUCACAGCUGAAGAACUCCGUAGGAUUAUGGACUUGAAACAUAAUAUACGAAAUAUGUCUGUUAUUGCCCAUGUCGACCAUGGGAAGUCUACACUUACUGAUUCUUUAGUGGCAGCAGCUGGUAUCAUUGCUCAAGAAGUUGCCGGUGAUGUUAGAAUGACUGAUACUCGUGCAGAUGAAGCUGAACGUGGUAUCACCAUUAAGUCAACAGGCAUCUCCUUGUAUUAUGAGAUGACAGCUGAGUCUCUUAAGAGUUUCACGGGGGAGAGAAUGGGCAAUGAAUAUUUGAUCAAUCUGAUUGAUUCUCCAGGGCACGUUGACUUCUCUUCUGAGGUCACAGCAGCCCUGCGUAUCACAGAUGGUGCAUUAGUUGUGGUAGAUUGUAUUGAAGGAGUUUGUGUACAGACUGAGACUGUUCUUCGACAGGCUCUUGGAGAAAGAAUUAGGCCAGUUCUUACUGUUAACAAGAUGGAUAGAUGUUUCCUUGAGUUGCAGGUUGAAGGAGAGGAAGCUUAUCAGACAUUUCUUAGAGUGAUCGAAAAUGCAAACGUGAUUAUGGCUACCUAUGAAGAUCCUCUUCUUGGUGAUUGCCAAGUUUAUCCAGAGAAAGGUACAGUUGCUUUCUCAGCUGGUCUGCAUGGGUGGGCUUUCACUUUGACAAAUUUUGCCAAAAUGUAUGCGUCAAAGUUUAAAGUUGAUGAAGCCAAGAUGAUGGAAAGACUGUGGGGUGAGAACUUUUUUGACCCAAGUACCAAAAAGUGGACAACAAAGAACACAGGAGCUCCUACUUGCAAAAGAGGUUUUGUUCAGUUUAUAUAUGAACCGAUUAAGCAGAUUAUAAACAUUUGUAUGAAUGAUCAGAAGGAUAAGUUAUGGCCAAUGUUGCAGAAACUGGGAGUUGUUAUGAAGAGUGAUGAGAAGGAACUAGCGGGGAAGGCCCUAAUGAAACGUGUUAUGCAAACCUGGCUACCUGCGAGCAGUGCUUUACUUGAGAUGAUGAUUUUCCAUCUUCCAUCUCCAUCAAAAGCACAGAGAUACCGUGUAGAGAACUUGUAUGAAGGUCCUCUUGAUGAUGUGUAUGCAACUGCAAUUAGAAAUUGUGACCCUGAAGGACCAUUAAUGUUGUAUGUUUCAAAGAUGAUUCCCGCCUCUGACAAGGGGCGUUUUUUUGCCUUUGGUCGGGUUUUUUCAGGGAAGGUAUCUACAGGAGUGAAGGUUAGGAUCAUGGGUCCUAACUAUGUGCCUGGUCAGAAGAAGGACUUGUAUACGAAAAGUGUCCAGAGGACUGUCAUUUGGAUGGGUAAAAAACAAGAAUCAGUUGAGGAUGUCCCCUGUGGAAAUACAGUGGCUUUGGUUGGGUUAGAUCAGUUCAUUACUAAGAAUGCUACUCUGACUAAUGAGAAGGAGGUUGAUGCCCAUCCAAUUAGAGCAAUGAAGUUCUCUGUCUCGCCUGUUGUGCGUGUUGCAGUGCAGUGCAAGGUAGCUUCUGACCUUCCAAAGCUUGUCGAAGGGUUGAAGAGGCUUGCUAAGUCAGAUCCUAUGGUGGUGUGCACAAUUGAGGAAUCUGGUGAACAUAUUAUUGCUGGAGCAGGAGAACUUCACCUUGAGAUUUGCUUGAAGGAUUUGCAAGAUGAUUUUAUGGGUGGAGCUGAGAUUGUUGUGUCUGAUCCUGUUGUCUCAUUUAGAGAAACUGUAUUGGAGAAGUCGGUCCGUACUGUAAUGAGCAAGUCUCCAAAUAAACACAACAGGCUUUAUUUUGAAGCAAGGCCUCUCGAAGAAGGGCUUCCAGAAGCGAUUGAUGAUGGUCGCAUUGGCCCAAGAGAUGAUCCUAAGGCCCGUGCUAAAAUCCUUUCUGAGGAGUUCGGAUGGGACAAAGAUCUGGCUAAGAAGAUUUGGUGUUUUGGGCCUGAAACCACUGGUCCCAACAUGGUUGUAGAUAUGUGUAAGGGAGUUCAGUACUUGAAUGAAAUUAAGGAUUCAGUUGUUGCAGCAUUUCAGUGGGCAUCCAAGGAAGGUGCUCUUGCAGAGGAGAACAUGCGUGGCAUUUGCUUUGAGGUUUGUGAUGUUGUUUUACAUACUGAUGCCAUUCAUAGAGGAGGUGGCCAGAUUAUUCCAACAGCCAGAAGGGUUAUGUAUGCUUCUCAGCUAACUGCUAAACCAAGGCUUCUGGAGCCAGUAUAUCUUGUAGAAAUUCAGGCUCCUGAACAGGCACUUGGAGGUAUUUAUGGUGUGCUGAAUCAGAAGAGGGGCCAUGUGUUUGAGGAAAUGCAGAGGCCAGGAACUCCGCUCUACAAUAUUAAGGCAUAUUUGCCAGUCAUAGAGUCAUUUGGGUUCUCUGGCACUCUCCGAGCAGCAACUUCUGGUCAGGCUUUCCCUCAAUGUGUGUUUGAUCACUGGGAUAUGAUGGGCUCUGAUCCACUGGAGCAUGGUACUCAAGCUGAGAAGCUUGUUCUUGAUAUCCGUAAGAGAAAGGGUCUGAAGGAGCAAAUGACGCCAUUGUCAGAGUUUGAGGAUAAGCUGUAAAGCUUAUGUUGGUUUAGGUUCAAGUAUUUUUAUUUUUCUUAUUUUGCCAAUUACAUAGUUAUCUUGAGUAUUCUUAGACUGUUAGUUGUGUCUUUAGCCCAUUUCCAUUCUCAUUUCCAGGAUAUUCAGAGUUAUGUAUUUGAGGUCUUGGGGGAUCCAAUUUCCGUUUAUUCUAUUUUUGGUUCAGUCAUAGUCCAUAGGGUUUUGAUUGUGAUAACUUCUAAUCACAUUGACCGCCUUGUAAUUUGAGACUGAAGAAGACACAUUUUAUUCUUCAAAUAUCUAUGGUUAUCAUUGCAACUUUGAAAUUAA